AUGGAGAGGGGCGUCUUCGAUUUGGGUUUUGACGGCCGUUCAAUACAAAAAUUCGGAGCUUUAUAUCGCGAACAAAUUGAACAUUUGGCUAAAGAAUCGUGCAAUGUUAAUCCUGAACUUUUUUCUGAAAUUGUUAAUAUUAGUCCAAUUCCUCUAUCACAGUCAAUUAAUGUUAACUUGGUUGCUACAACCUCAAAAGGUGUCCGCAUCUAUAUUAGUUGUUUGGCUACAAAUCUCCAUUUAAACGAGGUCUCACAAAAAACACUUCGACCUAGCGCUCUUCGCAUUUUACACAUUCGCUUUCCUCCAGAUAUUCCAUUGACUUCACCUCACAAUUUGAGUAUUUACACGACAUAUCAGACACAUGAUUGUACUCUUAUGGCAACUCCUGGACCUGAUUCAAAUUCAAGCAUCAUUUUGGCACAUUCCACUUCCUGUUUUUCACAUAAUUCUCAACUUAUUGAAUUUACAUGUUUUAAUCGAAUUCAUGGCAGUAAAUCUUUGCGUAAGAGUAGAAAAGAGAAUGAUAUCGUUAAACAAUCGGAUGAAUUUCCUCUUUCCGUGGAGCAACAUUUGUGUCCAAUUGAGAAGUUUUUUGUUAUUUCGUCUAAGGGCAUUUAUGUAUUUGAACACUGUUCUCCUCUUGAACUAUUUCGACAUAUACUCACUCAAUACGGCAACGAUUCAAAACAAUUCCAAGGAUUUGAAGCUGUUGUUAACCAAACAGAAUUGUGUGUAAUGGCUUUACAAGUAAUUUGUAGUGAAAAUGCUUCGGAUGCAACAAUUAAAGAUAUGGCAUUACGUGUAUUUUUUCAAUGUGCUGGAGAGCCUAGAUUAAUGUAUGGAAGUGGAGAUCAUUUUAUGGAUUAUGGACCGAGGGCAAGUACGAGCAGUGAUGGUUAUAUGAAUGGAACACUUUCUUCAAGUGUUUUUACGCCUAAAACACCACUUCGAACAUCAACACCACAAAAUAACUCAACUCCAUCUGCAAAUUAUACAAAUGGUUUUACACCUCAACAUGUUUUACAUACACCUGGAGGAGGUUUAGAUAGCGACCAAUCUAUUAUUGCUGGUGCUAGAGUGCAAAAUUCUCCUCGACAUGAAGCUUUGUUUAUUUAUUUUUCACGAAUAAUAAAAGGAAUUUGGCGAAGAAAUUUAUGUUUGGUAAAACAGAUAAACGAGGUUGAAAGUCAGCUAACAAAAAAUAUUUUGGAUGAAGUCGGUUAUUAUUUAAAUUCUCUUCGGCAAGCAAUUGACGAAUGUUCACUCAUCACUUCUCCACAAAUUCAUCAUUUUCCGAGUAGAACUUUACAACAGCAACAACAACAACGACGAACAUCUUCUGAAGAAUCUUCUCUUGACCAGGAGAAACAAUCACUUCAAAAAUUGAGAACAUUGGUUGGUGUAACAUGUGAAGUUGUUGCUCUGUGGAGUGUUUUGUUGGAACACGAAUUGCGUGUAAUUUUUGUAGCAUUGGCUCCAGAUGUUCAAAAAUGUUUGUUAAAUUGGUCUUUAGAUGAUUUGGUUCGCAACAGGAAUGAUGUCUGCGCCGAUUUAAUUAGCGCCCUUAUUCGCCAUUAUAUUGGCGAUGAUGCUUCCACUGCUGCUAUAAGUGAACGUUUGCGUACCCUUUGCCCAACUCUUUUUACCGUUGAUGAUGCUUCAGUUGUUAAGGCGACAGAAAAUAUUUAUAGAGCAAAAACAACAACUCAGCCACAGUUGGAAAUGAUUAAAGAGGCUGUCGCUCAAUUUAGAAAAUCAAUUCAAAAAUUAAAUCUUAUCCAAACCUGUGAUCUUUUGUUACAAGUUCUCUAUUUUGACGGCAUUGUUGAUUUAUCUUUAAUGCGUGCCCGUCGCGAUGAUCCAAACGAUUUGGCUUUAAUAGUUUACAAAAAACAUUUAACAUCAACAGACGUCACAGUCCAGGAAGCAAUGGAAAAAAGAAAUGAAGCUUAUAAUUGUAUUUUGGAAGUACUUCGACUUCUUCAAAUUUUGGCAACUUCAAAAGAAAGUCAAUUAGCAUCAUUAAAUUUAAACAAUUUUUUCCAAUCGGCCGAUUCUGUUAAACAACAAUUAUCCUCAUCACGUGCCCAAGAAGAAAGGGAUAAACUUUUGAGAAGAGUUUUGGAAUCUGAUGAUGAAUUGGCUUGUGUUAAAGUUUUUAAUUGGAUGUUGGGAAAUAAUUUGGCUGAUCAACUUAUUGCUAACAAAUUCAAAUAUUUCGAGGCAUUUUUAUUCCACGAAAUAGAAGAUGGAAAAGGGAAUAUUUAUUUGGAAUUAUUAUGGAAAUAUUAUGAAAAAAGUCAUAAUUAUUUGGAAGCAGCGAAAGUCUUGGCUGGGAUGGCUUCGAAAACUACAAGUCGGACAAGCAUUUCUAAUAGAAUUACUCAUUUAUCCAAUGCUCUAAUGUGUGUUCAAUCGGCACCUGAAACUAAAUCUAAUAUGGAAUUAAAACAAGAAAUUCAAGACAAACUUGACGUUGCACAGAUUCAAAUGAGAGCAAAAACCUUAUUAGAAUCUGAAACUAACCCAGAAAUUGCAGCUAGAGGAAAGGAAGCGAUUGAAGCAUUAAAUUAUCAACUAUGUGGUUUAACUCAACUUUAUUCCUAUGCAAAAACUUACAAUUUGCAUGAAAUUAAAUUGGCAGUUUUGCAUUGUGCGAGUCAAUUUGAUACUGAAAUUGUGGAAAAUGUUUGGAGAGAUAUUUUGGAUAAAGAACUUCGCAAUUUCCAACUCAAUCGUUUAACUCUUGACAAAAUUCAAAAUAAUAUUUCUUCAAUUCUUUUGCGUCUACGUAAACGUUAUGCUUCCUCUCCACAAUUUGUUCCAUUAGAUUAUAUUCUUCGCGAAUUAAUUGUUUUCUCAUUUAAAAAUUCCCCGCCGAUUAAUUGGGUUUUAGAAAUUUGCCGGGGAGCGGAUAUAAAAUAUGGCAAAUUGCUUGCUGUUGCUUCUGAACAAUACAGAAUUUUUGACCCUUUUUGGAAACAAAAUCAACGUGCUUUUAAUUUUAUGUUGGACUUGGCAGUUUUGACAACGGAACGGUCGUUGGAGGAGGCUAAAGCUUUGGGAAGUUCAGACAGGUUUGGAGAUUUUUUUUAUUUUUUCUCAUUUCCUUUUAUGAAUGUGGGGUGUUUUCUAAUCAAUGUUCCUCCGACUCCAAAAAAUGCCACAUGGUUCCUGGCGGUUUCAAAAAUUUUUAUUGAGUCCGGGAAACUGUUCCGAAACUUUGGGGAAACAGUGCUAGUGGCAACUGCUCCCAAAAAAACGUCAAAUGGUUCUUGGCAGACUUGGUCACUGAUACUGAUUUUGGUAUCCGUAUCCGGAUAUUUACGGCGGAUACAGGUGGAUAUCCUCAGGCAUAUCUUUAUCCAUAUCCGUUGA